AUGAAAUUAGACACAAAGCAUCUGCGCUACCUCACACCAGAGGAUUGGCGAGUUUUGACUGCGGUGGAACUGGGAAGCAAGAAUCAUGAGAUUGUUCCCACAUCUAUCAUCGAUAGGACCGCACGGCUCCGUGGUGGUAGCAGUGGUGUGAACAGAAGUAUCUCGACACUUGCCAAGGCUGGUUUGAUCGGACGAGUCAAAGAAGCGUCUUACGACGGGUACCGGUUGACAUAUGGUGGCCUGGACUACCUUUCUCUGCACACGCACGUGCAGCGCGAUGUAGUAUACAGCGUCGGCCACCGGGUUGGUGUGGGGAAGGAGAGCGACAUUGUCAUGGUAGCCGAUCCAAAGGGCCGCCAACUGAUUCUCAAGAUCCACCGACUGGGUCGCAUUUCGUUCCGCACCGUCAAGUCAAAUCGCGACUACUUAAAAAAGCGCCAGUCUCGGGGGUCGUGGAUGUACCUCUCCCGGCUGUCGGCCAUGAAGGAGUAUGCCUUCAUGGUCGCUCUGCGCGAGCAAGGGUUCAUUGUGCCCGAGCCUAUCGCCCAAUCACGACACACAAUUGUCAUGUCCUUUAUUGACGAUGCGCUUCCGCUGCGCCAAGUAUCCAGUGUUCCUGACCCGGCCGGUCUCUAUGCGGAAUUAAUAGGCCUCAUUCUUCGUCUGGCUAGCCACGGCUUGAUUCAUGGCGACUUCAACGAGUUCAACAUUCUCAUUCAGGAGCAAAAGGUCGAAAAGGACGUAGCCGGAGGGGAGUCCGGCGGCUCAAAUGGCACAGAUGACGAGGAAGUCAUUCUCGUCCCCGUUCUCAUCGAUUUCCCGCAGAUGCUGUCUAUGGAACACAAGAACGCCGAAAUGUACUUCGACCGUGAUGUGGCCUGUGUGAAGCGCUUUUUCGAGCGUCGCUUCCACUUUAGACAUGACGAGAUGGAGGGCAGUUGA